AUGGCUACUGAUUCGAAAAAUGAUAAUAUUAAUUCGGAAGACGAGGAGUCGUUGAAUGAGUUUAAUUUGGGUAUGGUGUUUUAAUUUGAAGCAAUAUAAAUGAAAUUGUUACCAAAUAUGGUUAAAGUAACAAGUUUUAAACUUCAAGUUAUUUUGAGCGAUUAAAAUAUUAUUGUAGUCAGCUUAAAACUUCUUUACUUUACAAUACGAUUCAGACGAACUGAGUAAGCGGUGUGAUGAUGUCAUCAGAAUCUUCGACCAAGGAGGCAAGAAUUUUGUAGAUGUGAAUGAAGUUGGCACGGUGCUACGAUAUCUCAGGGUCAAUGCCACUCAGAAUCAACUAAAAAACAUUUUGUCACAAUUACCGCGACAAAAUGAUAACAGAGUAUCGACCGAAGACCUAAAGCCUCAGUUGAUAUCGGCAAUGAAAGACGAAACGAUGAAACCGCCUUCAGAAGCUCGGCUACAAGCAGCGUUCAGGACGAUCGAGGAAAGGUUCGAUCCAUUGACAAAAGACAAAUUGGAAAAGUGUCUCAUGAGUAGAGGUAACGAUUCAACCGGUUAUCGAUUAAGAAACUAGUAAAGUAGGUACUCAAGAAGAUAUCAAAUGUAAUUUACACAAAGUACAUUUAGGAGAGCCAUUGAGUCAGAAUGAGAUGACAGACAUGCUAAACCACUUGACUGUCAAGAAAAGUGGCAUGGUCGACUGGACUGCCUACAUCAGAGACAUACAGUACACCAACAACAAGUAG